AUGAGUGGCGUUGUGUUGAAUGAGAUCCAGCUCGGAGGCGUGACUGGCCAUGUCUUUGCGGAGGCGAUGACGAAGCUGUUUGACACGCUCGAGGCAAAAAAAGCCGUCGACACCGCCGCGUCUGGCAUCGCUGUGGAUGAGCUCCCAGUGCAACAGCUUGAGCCCGACCUCCCCCUUACAAACAUGGUUGAGGACAGUGUGCCGAUCAGUAAUGCAGUUCACAUGCCACUGCUGACGUCCGGUGCAGCGUCCUCGUCCCAACCACCUGCCCCUCCCGCUGCAGUUGUGUCGUCUGCUGCGUCUGCAGCUGGCGGGUCAGCUCCUGCUUCCACCUCUGCUUCCACCUCUGCUUCCACCUCUGCUUCGACGACCAGAAAGAAGCGCCGUUCUCGUCGCAGGAUUCUCGACGAUGAUGACAACGAUGAUGGCGGCGUCUACGUUCCACCACACGAAGAACUCAUUCAAGACGAGAUUGAUGAGCACAAUGACAAUACUUCCUAUUUCGUACCGAGCGAAGAGCACCCAGGUGUCAGCUUUCCGGGACAUCAUCGCUACAAAGCCUGGAUCGUGCUCGACAACGCGCGCAUUCACAAGACACCCGAAGUGCGCGAGCUUUUUGCACGCCGCGGGUAUGGGAUGCUCUUUCUGCCUCCGUACUCAUCGUUCUUGAACCCGAUCGAGUAUGUCUUCAACCAAGUGAAGGCUGCGUUCAAGCGCUCCCGGCUGGAACCGAACGAAACAAUCUCAAGUCGUAUUACCGCUGCUGUUGGUACCGUGACGGCAACGCAUUGCCAAAACACUAUCACGCAUGUUCAGCUCAAGUACUUUAAUGCUUGUCACGAGAUGCACGAUGUGCUAGAUUAG